AACUGUUGCACAGAGCGCCCGUGUGUUGGCUCGCCUGUCUGGGAUAUAAUGCCUCUACCUCGGUCUCGUUCAGAAUGCACAAUAAAGGUCAACCAGGUCAAGUCUGCUCACGUGCCAGGUGGGAGCGGUGCCGGUGGUUUAUCCGUGAGCAGCCCUGAGCUGAGGUCUAUGUUGGUAAACCUGAACACAACAGUACCACAGAACCUACGCCCAGCACAGCUGUCCUCGACACAUCGUCCCAGAACACGGAGCCGGUGCCAGACUGUCUGCCACACCUGCUGCCCUGCCAUGUCGCCAUGCUGUGGGAUUCGUGUCAUUCUUGUCAUUUUACAGAUCUGUUUGGGAUGUUCCAUCACGGCACUGGUCACGUACCUGCAUCUCUUUGUGCCCGCCGUCAGGAUGCGGGAGAAACCAUUUUGGGCCGGAGUUCCGCUUCUCCUAGCCGGCCUGAGUGGAAUAUUCUUCUGUGUUCGAGAGAGAAAAAGCGAAGACGUCUCCGUGACGCUAUUUGUUAUCAAGACAGCCUGCAGCAUUUUCGCCGCCAUCUCUAUCUUUGUUUGUGUGACAGCAGCUGUCUUCUGUGGGAUAAAUGCUGGACAGCUCUUCAUAUAUGACAGCUGCCAAUUUCUGGAUAACGGCUGUCUGUGUUUCUACACUCCGGACGCGGCAAGCAGGACCUUUUUGUAUACACCAGUAGAAGACUGCUCCAGUUUUUUGUGCCACCUAAAAAUAUUCCUGCUGGUAACCGGAAGCCUAUGUGCAGCCGGAAGUUUAGCAGCUUUUAGUUUCGUUAUCUCUAUAUGGAAGUCACGGUACAGCGCAAUCACAACAAGUGUGUGACUGUUGGGUGGAUCAGGCAAGGGGGUAAAAUUAGAUGUGAUAAACUGUUAAAUACUGUACAGAUUAUUUAAUUUGUGUAUGUUCUACCGCAUUAUGUCAAUGAAAAUGUAACUCAAAUAUUUUUACCAUAAAAA